CUUGUGUAUCUGUCUGUGUGUAUCCAACCUCCGAGUGCUUGAAGUCAUGUCGUUUCUUGCUCUUGUGAUUCCUCUGCUCAAGGUCUACUAUGUCGGCUUAAAGGUGCUUCUAUACCAACUCUUCAACGAAUCGUUCACUUUGCCAGGUACUCAUUAAUGAGUGAAGGUACAUAAGUGGAACUGUGGGUCUCUGAAGCGAUGGAAAAUAAAGGAGAAGGUUCACUGUCGGAUCUCAAAUUGGUUGCUCACCCUCGAGCAAAAAGCAAAGUUUGGAAGUACUUUGGAUUUGAUACCGAUGCUGAGGGAUGUAUAUUGCAGUGGAAGAAGAUAUACUGUCGGAUAUGUAUGGCUCAGAUUGCCUACUCUGGAAACACUUCCAACUUGUCCUACCAUCUUGAAAAGAAUCAUCCCGAUGAGUUCUGUGAAUUUGUGAAAAGCAAUACAGAGCAAAUGAGAGAAGCUUUUGCUACAGCAUUCUCAAAGUUGAAGCCUGAAACGUCACAACAUUAUGUACAGGACACUAUAAUCAUGAAGCCCAGCUACGUGUACGAGAACAGAAAACACCAAGAUCUGACUUCUGCAGUCAUUGGCUUCAUAUGUGAGGGAAUGUAUCCAGUGUCUGUGGUUGAUGAGCCAACCUUUAGAGCCCUUCUGAAAACUGCAGAUCCACGGUAUGAACUCCCAAGCAGAAGCUACAUAUCAACCAAAGCCAUCCCUGAAAAAUACUAUUUGGUCAAGGAGGUUAUAUUUAAAGAACUAGCAGAUGUGAUAUGGUGUGGGGUGUCUGCCGAUAUGUGGAGAAGUCCCAACCAAAACCGGACAUAUAUCACCUUAACUGCUCACUCCCUGAACAAUUGCAGUAUUAGCAGCCUAAUAUUAACAACCCGGUGCUUAAAAACGUUUGAAGUACCUGAAGAUAACACUGCGGAAAACAUCACACGGGCACUUUAUGAAGCUUUUGUGGAGUGGGGUAUCAAUGGUAAAGUCUUCAGUGUUACGACCAAUUGUUCUGUGGACAUUGUCAAGGCUUGCUCCCUCCUUGACCUUCCUGUGCACAUGCCUUGUUUUGGACAUACUGUGAACCAAGGAAUAAUCCAAGCAUUUCAGCUUCCAAAGCUAAGUUCUCUAUUGAGUCGUUGUAGGAAGCUGGUGGAAUAUUUUCAACAGUCUUCAGUGGCAAUGUAUAUGUUAAGGGAAAAACAAAAACAACAGAAUGUGGCACAAUGCAUGCUAAUAAGUGACAGAGUAACUUGGUGGGUGAGCACACUUGCAAUGCUUCAACGACUAAAGGAGCAACAAUUUGUUAUUGCUUCUGUGCUUGUAGAAGAUAGCAACAACCAUCACUUGAUGCUUGAAGCAACUGAGUGGAGCACAAUUGAGGGGCUUGUGGACUUGCUAUUGCCCUUUAAGCAAGCAGCAGAUAUGAUGACAGCAUGCAAAUAUCCAACGAUCAGCAUGGUGAAACCUCUGUUGCAUAUGCUUUUGAACACUACAUUAAAAGCUAAAGACAGUGAUCUUAAAGAAAUUAGCAUGGCAAAGGAGAUAAUAACCAAAGAACUCUCUUCUACUUACCAGCAGACACCUGAAAUCGACAUGUUCCUCAAUGUGGCAACUUUUAUAGAUCCUCGGUACAAAAAAUUGCCAUUUCUUUCCCCAUUUGAGCGAGCUCAAGUAGAGAAUCGAGUUAUUGAAGAGGCAAAGGCUAUGUUAGAAAAAUGGAAAGAUGGAUGUUCUGGGUCUGAAGACCCACUUCAUUUCUCAGACGAACCUCCAAUUAAAAGACCGACAACCUCAACUCCACCUCCUGUCAAUAAUGCCAACAACAUUCUGUCUGUUAUCUUUUGCCAGACAGGCUCUGAUGAGAACCAGGAAGAGCUGCACGCUCAGGUAAUGGAGGAACUGAGCAACUUUAAAUCUCAGAAGGUUCUUGGACUCAAUGAGGAUCCUCUGAGAUGGUGGUCUGACCGUUUAGCCUUAUUUCCCAUUUUACCAAAGAUUCUUCAGAAGUACUGGUGUGUUCCAGCCACAAGCAUCUUCCCCGAGAGACUUUUCAGCUCUUCUGGUAAUGUUUUAAGUGGGAAGAGAAACCGGCUUGCUCCUGCACAUGUGGACCAACAAGUUUUUUUGUAUGAAAACACUCGGAAUGGAUGUGAGCCUGAGCCUACUGAUGAGGACGAGAGUGAGUGGGGUACGGAACAGGACCAUGUGCUGAGUGUAGGUGACACACAUGCUAUGCAUUCUAAUAUGGUUAACGCAAAAGACACUGGCUUCUUUUGAACUUGCUUUUUAGUAUUUCACUGUUGGAAUUUCCUUUUAUUCUUUUGAAUGUUGUAACUUUUACUUGUCUGUGUUUAAUUCAGUGUAUUGUGGUAUUAUUUAACACAGUUUUACACUGUACAAAAUAAAUUAUUCAUGCAUAAUUAAAACAUCUCAAGGACAUUGUUUCAAAAUGUAAUACUGAAGUAAAUGUUUUUGCCUGCUUUAGAAAAUUUUUAAUGUACUGCCAAAGCAGGUGCCUUGCAAAUGAUUAAUGAACUAAUACAUUUUUGUAAAUGUGAUGUGAAGUUAUGAUAAAUAUUUUAAAUUAAUGUAUUUAUAGUGCUGUGGUGGAGAAGAGCUAACCUUGUUACAAAUUACCGUAGAAAUGACUGGUGUUUGGCAAAGGAUUAAUUUGCCUUUUACAGUUAAAAGGCAAAUUAGUUAAAUUACAGUUGGAAACAUUUUGAUUUCAUUUAUCUGUAUAUUAAAACCUAGUAAGGCGCACCAGGUUGCUGACCAGUUUUAAUGUGCCAUUUUAAUUCACUAGCUUAUAAUUACUUUUGUGUAAAUGGCCUUAAAUAAGUAUCUGAUGGUAUGCUAGCACACAUUAACCAACAUAUAAAGUAAAAACUUAGUUUAAGCAGAUGAUGUAAAGGGAAUGGGAAAAAUGAUUACUUGUAACAUUUAUAAUGCAAAAAGUAUACUGCAUAGAUCCUGGGGAAAUUUGGUGCAAAAAACCAUAAAGUUUAGCAAUUUUAUUUUUUGUAAAAAUGUGAAGUUUUUUAAGGUAAUUUUAACACUGUGACAUAUACCUGACAAUUAUUUGCAAAUGGUGUCAAGCAUUGAUUUGUAGCAUAGCUCAUAGCUGUUUUUGGUUAAUAGCUUGUUGUUUUACAUCAAGGAAGAAAACCUGUUGAUUCUGAUGCAUCUAAAUAAUUGACUUGAUUUUUUAAAAAUCUUUUUAAUAAAAACACAUGAAAUGUCUAAAAGUAAUUAUGGUAAAUCCAGUACAUACGAGCAAUGCAUUAUUCAAUUAAUAAUCCUCCAGUCAUCUAUCCAUUUCCCAUUGUGAUUGUCCCAUAUAGUUUUGUUUGCAUUUUAAACCUAUCCUGGCAGCAUUAAGAACAAGGUUGGGAACCAAUCCUGGAUAGGCAGCCCCUUGUGAAUUCUCGUGGUAAUUCAAGUGUUCCAAUUUUAUAAGCAGCAGAAAGCCUAGUUUAUUUAAGUUUUGUGUGAAGGUUAGCUAUGUAAAGCCUUUUUUGCACACAAAUAUCACAAAUUUCCCUCAGGUGUCUUAGCAUAUUUUGGUAAAGUUUAAAAAAUCCUGCUGCCACUAUAAAGGAGUCCUUUAUGUAAGCAUAACCAGAAGUGCAGUUAAUUUCAAGUUAUAUUAACUUGUACCUUCAUUAUGAUUAUUUAAAAAAAAAAUCAAUGAAAUCUACAAAUAACAGUCAAGUUUCAAAUUAGUUUCUCUAAAAAUGUAAAUGGAAAGCCUGAUCAUGUUCUGAAAUCUGUAAUCUUGUUGAAAUUCAGAUACUCAUCUUGUACACUGUUAACGGUAAGACUGCAUUGUGUAAAGUCAUGUUAUAAGAUGUGUCACUUUGUAUCAAAUGUAAGAGACCAAGCAUUCUGUUCAGUUAUAUAAAAGUAACUAAAGUAGGUUUCUUUUAUAUGUUCUAAUUUUCUUUAAUUUUAACAUUUUUUCAUGUAUGUUAAAGAAAUACUUAUUUUUAAUAAAUACUGUAUUUCCGUUUU